UCCCAGCCCGCUUCCCCACUACUCUCCGGCGCUCUGUGCUGAACCCCCGCGCCCUUCCCUUCCCCCGCUUGCUCCGGGCCCCCGGCCGGCGCUAGGGCCGCGUCCCCUCACGCUGUUGCUGGUCCCGCCGCGCCCGCCGGUCACGGCCCCGCUGCCCUGCCGGGGAGGGACGGGCGUGUUGGGCUGAGCCGCGCCUUUGGCUUCCGCCGUGAAAGCACGGUCCGGUACCGCCCCGAGAGGCUCCUGUGGCCGCGGCUGUGCUUCCCCACGCUCCCUGAGUACCAGGGAUGAGGAUUCUCCGGCAUCCCGAGAUUUCAGACAAUUGGCCUGGAUACAGUCUGGAUUUAUUUACUUAUCCUCAGCACUACUAUGGAGACCUGGAAUAUGUGCUCAUUCCACAUGGCAUUAUUGUUGACAGGACAGAACGACUGGCAAAAGAUAUUAUGCAAGAUAUUGGAGACAAUGAUAUUGUGGUUCUCUGUGUCCUCAAAGGUGGCUACAAGUUCUGUGCUGAUCUUGUGGAGCACUUUAAAAAUCUUAGCAGAAAUUCAGAAAGGUUCAUCUCCAUGAAAGUCGAUUUUGUUAGACUGAAAAGUUACCACAAUGAUCAGUCUAUGCAAGAUAUGCAGAUAAUUGGAGGAGAUGAUCUUUCAAAGCUGACUGGCAAGAAUGUUCUAAUUGUGGAGGAUAUUGUUGGAACUGGAAGAACCAUGAAGGUUCUUCUUAACAAUAUAGAAAAAUACAAGCCGAAGAUGAUUAAAGUGGCAAGUUUGUUGGUGAAAAGAACAUCUCGGCCUGAUGGGUACAGACCAGAUUAUUAUGGAUUUGAAAUUCCAGAUUUGUUUGUGGUAGGCUAUGCCUUAGACUACAAUGAGCACUUCAGAGAUCUAAAUCACAUAUGUGUUAUCAAUGAUCAUGGCAAAACAAAAUACAGAGUUUAAAGCGGUAACAUCCACACCUGGAUAUUUCUGUGAAGCAGAAAUUUGACUACAGUCCCACAAGCAUCUCCCAGAAAAGCAAUUCAACUGACUUGUAUGUCUUUCAACUCAGUAUAAUAAGGGCUUUACUCUAGAGAUGCUAAUGAAUAUUUACAGAAGUGAGAGCUCUUAUCUAAAAUGUGAAACAUAGGACUUUAACAUUUACUACCUUUAUUAAGUAUUAAAAUUACCACCUAAGAUGCCUUUUGACUAAUACCUUGUAUGCCUCAGGUCUCAUUGUGAACACAUCUUUUCUUUGCUCAGUCCUUCAUUCCACUUACUGCAAUUUAUGUACUUCAUGGUGUUGCACAAGAUAGUUUAAAAGUGCCAUUCUGUGCAUGAAGAUUAUUUAACAAGAUUUUAUUGACUUCAUCAUGCCUCUAGCCUUGGUCAGAUAUGUUGCUAACAAAUUGAAAGCAUUAUUUUGAUUUAAUUCCACAGUUCAAGUUGUGUUGUGAAGUUCUGUGUUGUGUUGCAGUUCAUUACUCACUCUUCUGAACGAAGUUUUAGCUCUCAGAAUGUGCUGAAUUACAGUGCAGGUCAAAAUGAACCUUUGCAAGACACUGUUGACCCAAAAUUGGAAUAUAUCAUGGUUCUGGUAUGUCAUGUAGCCAUAGAUCUGACGUGUUUAAUGUGCUGAAUUUUAAUCAAGACAAACCAAUGCCAGGCAGGUUUGAAUUUCUGCAUGGUAUCCCCUUCUUCUCUAUGACAUAAACAGUGUUCUCCUGAGCUUAUAUUCUUAACUAAACCUCAUUAAGCACAAAAGUUUAAUUUUAGUCAGACAAUUAUUCAGUUAUGAUUGAUUUUUUUAACUCUCUAAGUUGAGAUUUCUUGUAACUAUCUGUCAUCUUCACGAAUACAGAUCUGACUAUGCUGAAGAAGACCUGUAUAGAAAUAAAAGAAGAAAUGUAUAGGACAACCCAGAAAAUCAGUUAAUGCAUGAGUGCUGUAGAUCCUAGACUCCUUUCUUUAUAGAUCAUGUUUGAAGAAGUUUGUGAAUUUUGGGUACUGUAUUAGCUGUGAAAAAUUUAAUUCUGUAUUGAAUAUAAGUGUUCUUAACAACUUUUUGAGGGAAACCAGUGCCAAGUAAGUAGCUGUGUAUCAGCAGCUUUGCUCUGAGCUGUGAGAGGCAGAUUGUUACUAGCUGCAGAUUCCUAUAAACUAAUAAAGAAACAUUAAGAAUACUU